AUAGCACCAUUUACCUGGUUUGGUACCAAGGUCUGCUCCCUCGAUUUGGUAGCCGUGUUCAGGCUUUGCAUCGCUUUGAGACAGAUGAGGGAAAAUUCUCAUACCAAACAUCUGCGAACCGCUGGAGAGAAUAGAUUCGCACUUGCAGAGGAGAGGUCCUUUGCAAGAGACGCAUGUGCCAUGCUGACGAUUGUAUUUGGAGGAGAGGCUAUCAUAGGU